UCCAAACAAUCCAUUUUUUAUACCGGUUAAAGAUGAUGCAUCGGGUGAAAAUGAUGUAUUUGACUCAUCCUACCAUACUAGAUCAGAGGAAUCAAAUGAUGAUAUUGAACUUGAACAAAAAGAAAAAAUCGAGUUUCAGUAUGAAUGGUUUGUUGGACCUGGUAUAAAAGAGUUUACAUUGAAUAAAAAUAACAAUAAGUGGACUGUCGGCACAAUUGAUGUUUCAAAUUUGCUAUUGGAAUAUCGUAAUUUUUCAGUCAAAAAGGCAUCAGAAAAAAAGAUUGAAAAUGCUGUUGAAAUACU